AAAGUCACAGACGUCUUCACCUCAGUUGGCUGCAAAGAUGCCUACAUGCAUAGAAGGAACCACCUUGCUGUGGAUAGUUGCUCUGUUCCUCUCUCCAGAUGGCAUGCUAGCAGUUCUUCUGAAGUCUGUGGUGUCCUUGAAUCCACCAUGGAAUCGAAUAUUUAAAGGAGAGGCUGUUACUCUGAUAUGUAAUGGGGAUAAGACCCUUGAAGACAAUUCCUUUGUGUGGUUUUACAAUGGCACCACUUUAGCACAGAAAACUUCAUAUUUGGACAUCGCGAAUGCCACCACCCAGGACCAAGGAGAAUACCAGUGCCAAAGCCGUGGUUUAAAUAAGAGUGAUCCUGUGUACCUGGAAGUCUUCAGUGAUUGGCUGCUCCUUCAGGUCUCUCCUAAUGUGGUGACAGAGGGUAAGCCCCUGUUCAUCAGAUGCCAUGUUUGGAGGAACUGGGAUGCACGCAAGGUAGUCUUCUAUAAGAAUGGAAUAGGUCUCAAGUACUGGUAUGAGAAUCACAACAUCUCCAUCACAGAAGCCACACCUGAAGAUGCUGGCACUUAUUACUGUAAAGGUACCCUUAAACCACAUAUAUUUGAGUCUGAACGCAUCAACAUCACUGUAAUACAAGCCCACAAAAGCAAGCCCUGGAUGCCACUUUUUAUCCCAUUGCUGGUGAUGACUCUGUUUGCUAUGGACACAGGGCUAUUCAUUUCUACUUGGAAGCAGCUCAGAUUCAUCUUGAAGGUUAAGAAGACCAAGAGGGGCACUAGACUCUGAGACUACGUUAUAAACCAUACCCAUGGAUAAAGCUGAAUUUUUGCCCCUAGCAUCAACAAUUGCUUCAGAAAUGUCAAAUAGGCUUGAUAUCAUUCACAGAAAAGUCUGUUCAAGAAUUUACAGAACUGCUUCAUUGAACUCUCUAUAGCUGGUUAAGUGGCAUGUAACAGUAAGUGCUCAAUAAACUUGACUGGAGACAUGAAA